AAAUGUUCAAAAUGAAUGUCUUUUUCGUUGCAGUGAUUUUGGGCUACACAGUCUUUGGCAUCCAUGCAUUCAUAUCAGAGGAUUUGGAGCCAUUAACAGAUGCCAUUAUUAAGGCGAUCAACGACUUGGAAACAACAUGGAAGGCAGGUGGAAAUUUCAAUGGACAUAAUUUCAACGAAAUAAAGAAUCUCAUUUCUAAUGUCACUGACAAUGAAGCUUUUGAAACGAAAACGUUUAAUGGAAAGAAAUUGCCUGAAAAUUUCGAUGCUCGAUUGGAAUGGCCAAACUGUACUUCCAUCGGAAAAAUUUACAAGCAAGACUCAUGCACACCAUCUUGGAUCUAUGCUUCUGUUGGUCAAAUCGCUGAUCGAAUCUGCAUUCGUACUGGAGUCAAAAUUGACGUUGAAAAAACAGUUGACAAAUGAUUAAACAUUAUGGCAAUUGUAACUACAACAGUGCAAAUUUUUUCCAAGCCUUCAAAUACUGGGCUGCCAAUGGCGUGUUUACUGCCAAAACAAAUGGAUCUGAAAGCUGUAAAACACCGUUUGGACCAUGUCUAUUGGACAACGAGAUUGUAAAUUAUUUUCAACUGGAUCCUAUAGAGCCAAAGACCUACAUUGAUAAGAUGCACGCCCUGUUAGAUGGUCCGAUAACUAUAUAUCUCGAUGUUUACUCAGAUUUCUUUAGUUACAAAUCAGGAAUUUACAAACGGACUUCAAGUAAAAAGAUGGGAACUCAUGCUAUUAAAAUCAUUGGUUGGGGAGUGGAAAAUGGAGUCAAAUAUUGGCUGAUUUCAAAUUCAUGGGGCACUCAAUGGGGUGAUAAAGGUUUCUUCAAAAUCCGACGUGGUGAAGGUGAGUUUGGAGUUGAUAUUCGUUCAGUGGCUGUUUCAAUCUCAAGUGGAAAAAUGCCAAGUUCAUAUGACAGAUAUCAAUUGUUUUACCAAUAAGCAGAUUAAUGACAAUCUGAACACUUUUAUUUCCAUAAAAACAAGUUACCUUGAUUUACAUACAACAUAAAAAGUCAUGGCCGUAUAUCUUGCGAAAAAUUGUGUCUGAAUUGGGCAAGCUCAAAAGAAAAUUUUUAUAUUAAAUAAAAGAAAUGAUUAAACAGCAACGUUAAUCAAUAUU